GGUGGCUGCGGGCUGGAGGCCACAGGCUUGUCGGCCCGCCGGGAGGGAGGUCGUGGUCGAUGGAGGACCUUGAGGAGGGGCUGCCUGUGUCUGGAAAAGGUAGAGGUGAAGGUUCUGUAGGGGCGGCCGUAGUUUGGGGACCUGCGAUCUCUUGGGGGUGCGGGGAUCAAAACGGGGCGGGCGAAGUUAGCUGAAAGGCGGCCGGAUUUCCUGAGAGCCUCCAGCAGUCUUAAAGGAAAGAGGACCUUUCCGACCAGGGUUUGGCGUUGGCUGGCAGUGGUUUGUUGUGUCUGACUUUGUUCGUCCACGAAACCCGUUCUGGCCACGGUGAGGCCUUCCAGCCUCGCGCCCUUGGUCCGCUCUCCUCUGCAGAUGUGAGAAAGCAGCAGUUCCGAACCCGCGUCGUGUGUGGCUCUCGGUGUACUCUCCCUGGGCGUGUGCAGAACAGAACUAGAACUGAAGCUUGGCUAGUCAGAAGGCCAGCUAACCGGUGGCCUGUAGUGUUUAUAAAUUUAAAGAGAAGAGACCGCCUUCCGCCAAAACAUUUGGGUCUGUGUGUACCUUUUUGUAUUCUCCUUUUUCACUUUGGAGCUUGGGGGCGGGGUAGUCCCUAAAGUAUGGCUUUUCCUCCCUUUCCACAGGAGUAGAAAUGAAGAAAAACCAAAAUAAUGUUUUUGCCUUUACCUACGGAAAAUUAAGAACUGCUACUUUUUUCCCUCUUUUCUCCAGUUUGGUGCUCCAGUUAUCAGAUGUUGGAAGGCAAUAGGACAGAACAUACUCUCCGUGGUUUUUUAUCCGUCCUGGAAUUCAGUGAUUAAAAGUGAACUUUGGUUCCUGUAGCUCUCUGUCCAUAGAGUUAAGCUGGAGCUUUGCUUUGAGGGAUAAAUAAAGCACAGCCUCUCACCUGGACAUAAAUGGAUCUAAAGACAGCAGUAUUUAACGCAGCUCGGGAUGGCAAACUCCGGCUUCUCACCAAGUUGUUGGCAAGCAAAUCCAAAGAGGAGAUUUCCUCCUUGAUCUCUGAAAAAACAAAUGGGGCCACGCCACUCUUGAUGGCGGCCAGGUAUGGACACCUUGACAUGGUGGAGUUUCUCCUAGAGCAGUGCAGUGCCUCCAUAGAAAUUGGGGGCUCGGUCAAUUUUGAUGGUGAAACCAUUGAGGGGGCUCCCCCUUUGUGGGCCGCUUCUGCAGCAGGACAUCUGAAGGUGGUUCAGUCUUUGUUAAAUCAUGGAGCAUCUGUCAACAACACGACUUUAACCAAUUCAACUCCUCUUAGAGCUGCCUGUUUUGAUGGCCAUUUGGAAAUUGUGAAGUACCUUGUAGAACACAAAGCUGAUUUGGAAGUGUCAAACCGACAUGGGCAUACCUGCUUGAUGAUUUCAUGUUACAAAGGACACAAGGAGAUUGCUCAAUAUUUACUUGAAAAGGGAGCAGAUGUUAACAGAAAAAGUGUUAAAGGUAAUACUGCAUUGCAUGAUUGCGCAGAAUCUGGAAGUUUGGACAUCAUGAAGAUGCUUCUUAUGUAUUGUGCCAAGAUGGAAAAGGAUGGUUAUGGAAUGACUCCCCUUCUCUCAGCAAGUGUGACCGGUCACACAAAUAUUGUGGAUUUUCUGACUCACCAUGCACAGACCAGCAAGACAGAGCGGAUCAAUGCUUUAGAGCUUCUGGGAGCUACAUUUGUAGACAAAAAAAGAGAUCUACUUGGGGCUUUAAAAUACUGGAAAAAGGCAAUGAACAUGAGGUACAGUGAUCGGACUAAUAUAAUUAGCAAACCAGUGCCUCAGACACUAAUAAUGGCUUAUGAUUAUGCCAAGGAGGUAAACAGUUCAGAAGAGCUAGAAGGUCUUAUUGCUGAUCCUGAUGAGAUGAGAAUGCAGGCACUAUUAAUUAGAGAACGUAUUCUUGGUCCUUCUCAUCCUGAUACCUCUUACUAUAUUAGAUAUAGAGGUGCUGUCUAUGCAGACUCUGGAAAUUUCAAACGAUGCAUCAACCUUUGGAAGUAUGCUUUGGAUAUGCAGCAGAACAAUUUGGACCCUUUAAGCCCCAUGACCGCCAGCAGCUUAUUAUCUUUUGCAGAACUGUUCUCUUUUAUGCUACAGGAUAGGGCUAAAGGCCUGCUGGGCACCACUGUUACAUUUGAUGAUCUUAUGGGCAUAUUGUGCAAAAGUGUCCUUGAAAUAGAGCGAGCAAUCAAACAGACUCAGUGUCCAGCUGACCCAUUACAGUUAAAUAAAGCUCUUUCCAUCAUUUUGCACUUAAUUUGCUUGUUAGAAAAAGUUCCUUGUACUCUAGAACAGGACCAUUUCAAAAAGCAGACUAUAUACAGAUUUCUUAAGCUGCAUCCAAGGGGAAAGAAUAACUUCAGCCCUCUUCAUCUGGCUGUGGACAAGAAUACUACAUGUGUAGGGCGCUACCCUGUUUGUAAGUUUCCAUCUCUGCAAGUUACUGCCAUACUGAUAGAAUGUGGUGCUGAUGUGAACGUCAGAGACUCCGAUGACAACAGUCCCUUACAUAUUGCUGCUUUGAACAACCAUCCAGACAUCAUGAAUCUCCUUAUCAAAUCAGGUGCACAUUUUGAUGCCACAAACUUGCACAAACAAACUGCUAGUGACUUGUUGGACGAGAAAGAAAUAGCUAAAAAUUUGAUCCAGCCCAUAAAUCAUACCACGUUGCAGUGUCUUGCUGCUCGUGUCAUAGUGAAUCAUAGAAUAUAUUAUAAGGGGCAUAUUCCAGAAAAGCUAGAGACCUUUGUUUCACUUCAUAGAUGAUAAUUUGACUGUAUUUUAGCACUGUUAAAGCACGAAUUGUUAACAGUUGUUUCAUAAAUGAGCACUGUUGUGAUAACACCAGCAUUCAUUUAGCUUGAUAUCCUCGUGCUCUCAUUGGCUAAAGCAUUAUAAGCAUCAAAUUUACAGGAUUGGUUUCCCAGUAUUUAAUAUAAAUGUACCAUAUAAUAUAUUGUUUGUGAAUUAUUGAGAAAUGUAAUGUCAUAAUUCAAAUUUCUAAAAUUGUCUGCCAAAGGCUUAUUCAUUCUGGUUUUGUUUGCUGUUGGGUGUUUGGGACAGAGUUAACCAUUCAGUGGUAUCAUUAUACUCUUUUGGUUUGUGAAUUUUAUACAAUUGAAGGUCUUUCUUUUCUGCUUCUUCCUUCUCUUUUCCAAGCUUCUCCCAUUUCCACUUUUUUCCCCCUAACCAUUCUACUUAUCAUCCAUCCCCCUACCCCUUUAUGGACCCAUGCUAGGUUGUACAAACUUUAUGGACUUGUUAUCAUAUGCAGUUACCAUAAGUGCUUUAUCUUCUCUACGCACCGGCUUAAACUUGACUGUUGUAUGUUAGCAUACUUUCUAUGCAGCAAUUGGUCAACUUCAACUCAAAACACUGUUGAGUUUGUCACAAAGUUCAUUUUAUGAAAGUACUCUUGUAGCAUGACGAUUUUUAGAGCUAUUGGUUAGCUACCUGAACUCAAGCUUUUUAUUUUUAUUUUAUUUUUUUACAUCUGAGAUUUCUUUCUCUAAUCCACUGAAAUUAUUGUGUGCUAAAUUUGGGAAACAAAUCUAUUCUAACUCAUUAACCCAGUUGAAAUUUAGGUCUGUCAUCUUAAUAUAUCAUGCAGUAAAAGGAAGAAUCUUUUUAAAGCGACCCACCUUUCAUGCUGCGCCAGCAUUGUUCUGCUUGUGCUGAUGAUGUGAUUAGGUGUAGAGAAUUCGCUUAAAUUUAACCUGAAGUUUAUCAUACAGCUUAAUCAGCCACAUUGAAAUAUUCAGUAAUUGAACUGCAAACUACUUUUAGUUACAAAAAGAGCUAAAGCAUGUCAGUGGCAUGAUGCUUGCCAAGCCAGAUCUAGACAUCUAGGAUAAUUAAGGUAUUUUAGUAUGCAAUUUACUGCCAUAGUAUCAAUGGUCAGUAACAGUGUUCUUUCUUUCUUCAAGCUUCAGUAUACCUUUAAAGAUAACUUGCAUGAAUUAUUUUGGUCUCAAUUAUUUGUCACCAUAGUUAAACACAAAAGGUUGCAGCGCUUCCUUUUUCCCUUACUGAAAGUGAACUUUUCUUUCCCCUUUUUGUUUUUUUUUUAUGUUUUUUUUAAACAGCUUUGCUAAUGCCACAGAAAGGGCUCUUUUAACUUAAGAUAAAUAAAAAGUACUAAAAAAGAUUCAGGUAAUUAUCAUUCAGCACUUUAUUGUUAUUCAGAAUAAAGUUUAUGAUGGCAUAUUUGCCCUGCAAAUGUCUUACUUAAUGAAAUUGUGAUAAAUAAAAACUCCUUAUUGGUUUGAGAAAAACUCAGUUUACCUGUGAGUUUAGUGAGCUGGAUCACUUGGCUUUUUGUGUUGACAUUUUUAUUCUGAGGGUUGAUGUAAUGGUAUUUGAGGAGUCAUCAUUGCAAAUAGUCACAUUAGGUUUAUUUCAUCUGUUUAUUUCUAUCUCAUCUUUAUUUAGUAAAAAAAACUUGUGAUGGAGAGUAGUAAACAAAACAGUGUUAGACUUUGUGGCUAAAUAAUUGAGGUUUAAUUUUUAAGAAGAUAUCCUGACUUGUUUUACUAGAUUGUAAAUUUAAUCUCACCACUAAAAAAAAAGUGAAUUGGAUUUAAAUGGUCACUCGCCAACCUUUAGAUGAAGAGAUUUUAAUAUUUACCAUGGGCACAUUUGAUGAAAUAUUUGAACUGCCACAUAUAUUAAGAAUUAUAUUUGCAUGUGCUACCUUUUUUAAAAAAAGGAAACCUUUGCCAAUAAAAUAAAUCUGCAUUGGUUGAUCUCAGUAAUUUGGGGUAAAAGGUGAGCAAUUAGAUUUUUCAGUGAUUUACUAUUUCCUCUUUUUUUGGGAGGGGGUAGGAGGGCCUACAUGCUCUUAUAUAUAGUAAGGCACAUCUCACACUGUUUUAUAGGUGAACUUGAAUUGUACAACUCGAGUAUAAAAUAAGAAUUUCUUUACUUAGCAUUUUCCACCACUAAAUAUAGAUAACUUAGAACUAUUUCUCAGUCUUGAUAACUGAAAUGCCUUAUUUCACUUAGGAUGCAAUUCUUUGUUUGCCAUCUCCCCAAAUGCCAUUAGGAAUGAUUGAAAAAUCAGUUCGUUUAAUAGCUAAAAAUUGUCCAUGAUUUUUAGAGGCGGUUGGUUAAUAAAUGUGACCUCAGACACUGUUUAGGCCUUUGUCAGAAAAUAUUCUUAAAAUUGUUGAGACUGAAUAAAAUUAAAAAUUUUUUAAACCACAGAUGAGUAAUUUAAUACUUAAUGAGCUAAUUGUACUCAUUUGAGUCCAUCUAAACUUUACACUGUAGCAUGUUGAUGUUGGCUGGAGUUAAUAUGUAAGUUUUUAUUACAUUUCUAUAAAAAUGCCCUGUUAAGGCCUGCUGAAUUUUAGAUGUUCCACUAGUAAUCAUUACUGUAGAAGAAGUGGUCACUUAACUCAGAUUUGAUACUAAUCUACUUUAUAAAGACAAGUGGAUUAUAGAUGUAAAAGACUGUCAUUUUCUUAUCUAUAAAUAUGACAGGCUCAUAAGCCCAAAUCAGCAAGAGAUGAUUUGUUACCCGGUAUGAUUUUGAAGUUCAGUAAUUGCUCACUUUUUAAGUGACUACCUAAUGCAUAAUAUUUUAGAGACCCCCCCAUCUACUGUGACUUUGGAAAAUUGUUAAGGCUAUAUUUGAAAAAGUAGUUCUUUAAAAUCAUAUUGCCCAGCAGAAACCUUUGGUUGAAUUUUACAGGUAUAAUAAUCCUUGUAAAUUAAUUUCUCAGCAUUGUUGGGGCUGAAUGAGAUAACCAUUCUUGUGCACUGUAACAGCAUUAUUGCUUGGAACUUUAACCAUUUUAGAGUUAGAUACUAAGGAAGCUAAAAUAAUUGGUCAUCACCUUUUUCCCCCCUUAUAUGUCAUUAAACAACUAGUUUCUCUCCCUUUUGUCAGUUCCCAUUGUGUAUUUUUCAGAAGAAGUACUGUAUUCAGGUGCCAGCCAAUAAAUUGUCACACAAUGGAAAAUGAUAUGCCACAACAUUCAUUGUAAGGUUUAAUAAAAUUAAAUUUGCACCAGAUACAAGUGUAUUCUUAUUAACUCUUAAUAUUUUAUUGAUGUUAUCUUAAUGCUUUUGAUAGACUCCUGCUUCAAAAAACAAUUUAUAGUCAGUUGGAACUUAAGAGAUAUCAUUUAU